CUCCUCCUUCCAAUGUGAACAACAUUAGCUAAUUGAUUACCUUCAAAACAGAACAACAACAAACAUGGCUUUCUUUCUCUGCUUCUUCUUCUUCCUUCUUGCUUCAUCAUCUGCCUCUGCUUGUGAUCGCUGCUCGCAUCAAUCCAAGGCUGCCUAUUUCUCCAAAGCUUCUGCUCUUUCAUCUGGGGCAUGUGGAUAUGACUCUUUGGCACUGGGCUUGAGUGGUGGACACCUUGCAGCUGGUGUUCCUUCCCUCUUCAAAAGUGGGGCUGGCUGUGGUGCUUGCUAUCAGCUAAGAUGCAAGAACCCAACUCUGUGCAAAAAAGAAGGUGCCAGAGUGGUAUUGACUGAUCUUAAUCCCAAUAAUCAAACUGAGUUUGUCCUCAGCAGCAGAGCCUUUGUGGCCAUGGCUCAGGAUGGUAAAGGCCAACAGAUUUUGAAGCUUGGCAUUGUUGACAUUGAAUACAAGCGAGUAGCAUGUGAAUUCAAAAAUCAGAACUUGGCUGUUCGAGUAGAAGAAUCAAGCAAAAAACCAGAUUACUUAGCAAUCAAAUUUUUGUAUCAAGGGGGACAAACAGAGAUAGUAGGUGUUGAUGUAGCUCAGGUGGGAUCUUCAAACUGGAGGUUCAUGAGCAGAAACCAUGGGGCAGUGUGGGACACAAGCAGGGUCCCUCAAGGUCCAUUGCAAUUCAGGCUAGUGGUAACAGCAGGGUAUGACGGAAAAUGGGUUUGGGCCCAGAAGGUUCUUCCUCUUGACUGGAAAAAUGGAGUGAUAUAUGACUCUGGUGUGAAGAUAACAGAAAUUGCACAAGAAGGUUGUUUCCCCUGUGAUGAUGGAACCUGGUGAUGAUGAUUCAUGACAAGCUAGUACUUAAGAGAGCAAUGACCCAUGUAUACAUAAACAAAUAGGCUUUUAUUUUAUUAACACCAUAUUUGAGGCUCAGAAACCAACUCAUAAGACCAAGGAAUCAUGGAGUAGCUUAGUAAAUUUCAAAUGCAAUCUCAUUUGUAGCUACUCAACUUAAUAAUCUAAGUUCAAAAAAAAAAACUCAGUGACCAUA